AUGUUUUCGAUCGGAGGCUAUCUAUCGGACACCAGCGAUAGUGAUGAGGAAGGCAAUGCGAGCUUUAUGCGGGCAAGUAAACGAAUGCUCCGAGACAAUUCCAAUCUACUCGAAAUUCCCGACAGAGAGUUCGUAAAAAACUUUAGAGUUUCAAAGCGAGUUUUUAAACUUAUUUUGGACGAAAUGUCACAACACAUGGCUAGUGGAUGCAGAAGCAGCAAAGUGGCGCCAAUACAUAAGCUGUCUGCUUUUUUAAGAUUUCUGGCGACAGGCAGCUACCAAAAAGGCGUCGAAAAUGAGUUUCUAUCCAGCAUGUCCCAGCCAAUGGUUAGCAAUGCCAUAACAGAGUGCUUGGAAAUUUUUGAAACAAAUUUUUGUCCAAAUUGGAUAAAGCUGAGGAUGACAGAAGAAGAGGAAAGCGCUGCCAAAGAAACUUUUUAUGUCAAAUGUGGGAUACCGGGUAUAGUUGGAUGCGUCGAUGGAACCCACGUUAAGAUUAAAUGCCCAAGUGAGGACACAAAGCAUUUAUAUUAUAAUAGGAAAGGCUAUUAUAGUAUAAAUGCAAUGAUAAUUUGUGAUCAUGUACUUUGCAUACGAUACGUUGACGCCAGGUAUCCAGGCUCAAACCACGACGCAUUUGUUUGGAGUGCAAGCAGGGCGGGAGUUUUUUUCAAGUCACAGUUUGACUCUGGUAACCGAAACACUUGGCUCUUAGGAGAUUCCGGUUACCAGCUUAUGCCGUACCUGAUGAGACCUUUCCGUAGUCCUGGCAAUCAAACUAAGACACAAUUCAACAUGAAAUUGUGCAAAGGCCGCAACGUUGUAGAAAGGUGUUUUGGAAUUUUAAAAAACAGAUUCCGUUGCAUAAUUGGGGAAAGAGGGUUGCAUUACAGUCCGGAAAAGACAACCCAAAUUAUUAAUGUAUGUUGCGCUUUACACAAUAUUUGUAUAUUUUACAAAGAUGAGUGGGUACAAGUUUAAGAGGAUGAUGUUGCAUACGUAGAAGAAUUCGGGGGUAACGUAUCACCUGAAGCGAGAAACAUCAGGCAAAGGCUCGCAGAAAGUUUGUUGUAGAGCAUUAUCACUAUACAAAUAAAAAAGAAAAAAUUUAAUUUUUAUUUAAAUUUCUUGUACUGUUGGUUAAAAGGUAAGUAGAAGUAUUCCACUCAAGAAAUUAAUAACGUUGAAAAAUAUGGCAUAUUUUGUAUGUAUUCAGAAAAUUCGAUUUCAAUACAAUACUGAUUGCGUC